AUGGUUAAUCUUUACUCUGUUUUGGUUGGGUUACUCUUCACAAUCACAAUUUCUCUACCAAUUUCAAUCUCUCAACAAGCACCACCACCACCCAAUCAAACAUGCAAUGGCAUAUUCAUAUCAUACGCCUAUAACACAGGUCAUCUUAUCCCUCCCAGGGUACUCCACUCUGACCCGACCCACCAACCCUACAGGUUCCAGUCCACCCUCACAAUUCUCAACAAUGGUCUCGAGGAGCUCAAGUCAUGGCGGGUCUCUGUCGGGUUCGAGAACCGGGAAUUCUUGGUCUCUGCUUCGAAUGCCGUGUUGGCGGACGGCACGUCACUUCCGGCGGAUGUCAGUAACGGGACGGUCUUUGUUGGGUAUCCGGUGACGGACCUCAAGUCGGCGGCUCAGACAGCCGGAGAUGAGAAUCAGAUGCAAGCUCGGGUCGAAUUGGUGGGGACCCAGUUUGGAAUUGGAGCUCCGUAUGUUCCACUGCCUUCUACUCUCACUCUGGCCAAUUAUGGGUUCGUUUGUCCUGGUCCCACUAAGCAAGCUAAUGAGAUCCACUUGUGCUGCAUGAAGGACGCAGCUGCACCCAACACUACUCUGGUUGAAAAUUUGCUGCCCCGUCAAGAAGGUGAUCUAACCAUAAUGUAUGAUGUGAUCAGGUCGUAUGAAUCCUAUUACUGGGCACAGGUCACAGUCUCGAACCACAACCCCAUUCGCCGUCUUGAUAGUUGGCAAUUGAGCUGGGAGUGGAUGAGGGAUGAGUUCAUCAAUAGCAUGAAAGGAGCUUACCCGAAAGUGGUUGACACAACGGACUGCAUCUUUGGCAGGCAGGGCGAGUACUACAAGGACAUCGAUUUUUCGACAGCCUUGAACUGUGAGAGAAGGCCAACUAUUCUUGAUCUCCCACUUUUCAAGACAAAUGACGCAAUCCUCGGGUCAAUUCCCUUCUGUUGUCGCAAUGGCACAAUCUUACCGCCUUCCAUGGACCCGAGCAAGUCCAAAUCAGUUUUCCAAAUGCAAGUUUACAAAAUGCCACCUGACAUCAACAGAACUCAGCUUACCCCACCCCAGAAUUGGAAGAUCAACAGCACACACAACACGGAUUACCAAUGUGGCUCUCCGGUUCGUGUAACCCCAAGCCUCUUCCCGGACCCUACUGGGCUACCUUCAGAAUCCGCAGCAAUUGCAAGCUGGCAAGUAGUGUGCAACAUAACACAUUCGAAGGUGGAAUCCCCAAAAUGCUGUGUCUCAUUCUCGUCAUUUUUCAAUGAUUCUGUUGUUCCAUGCAAUACUUGUGCUUGUGGCUGCAACAACAGCCCGAGCAACGUAUGCAGCGCCUCAGCACAGUCGCUGCUCCUGCGUCCUGAUGCUCUUCUCCUCCCAUUCGAGAACCGGACUAAACUAGCAAAGUCCUGGGCUGAUCUGAACAAUUGGGACUUGCCAAAUCCACUGCCUUGUGGAGAUAACUGCGGGGUCAGCAUCAACUGGCACUUGAACUCGGAUUACAGAGGCGGAUGGUCUGUGCGAAUGACGCUUUUCAAUUGGGGGGAAGCUGCGUUCGAGGAUUGGUUUGCUGCAGUGCAGCUGGACAAAGCUGUGCCUGGCUUCGAGAAGGUGUACUCCUUUAACGGAAGUGUUGUGCCUAGUUCGAAUAAUACAAUAUUUAUGCAGGGUGUUAAAGGCCUAAGCUAUCUUCUAGCGGAAACAGAUGGAAAGAAUCCGAAGAAAGAUCCCCGGGUUCCUGGUACUCAACAAUCGGUGAUAUUGUUUACGAAGAAGACGACUCCUGGAAUUAAUGUGGCUCGUGGGGAUGGGUUUCCAACUAAAGUGUACUUCAAUGGUGAAGAGUGCUCACUUCCUACUGUGCUUCCAAGUGAUGCUUACAGAAUGAGUGGAGCUGCCAUUGUAUUUAGCUUUUUUCUUGCUUUGCUGCUUCUCGUGUUUUUGCAGCAAUAG